AUGUCGUCCACCACGAAUGGCAACGCCAGCCAUGCGAGUCAAAAGAAGCGUGUCAUCGUCGUCGGUGGCGGUGCCUCUGGCAUGUCGGCCUGCCACGCGUUUUCGCUCUCGCCGCACGAAUUCGAGGUGACGCUGUACGACAAGCAAUGCUCUCUUGGCGGCUCAGCCACGUCGUACCAGCUGCCUGACCCUGCCAAGUACGGAGCCCAGUACAUCAAUGACGGUGUGCAAGGAGCAUCGCCCGUGUUCCACAACACGUUCAAGGUGUUUGAACACGUUCUGGGAUUCAAAGCACAAGAAGUGGGGAUGCAAAUCUCGUUCGGCAAAGGCAAGCCGACAUUUUGGAGCAACGUGUUUCCGUCGGAGCUCGUAGAAAAGUAUGCGCAAGAUAUCAAGAAAUUCGGGAGCACGCUCAAGACGAUCAAACGGUUUGAAGUGGUGUUCGCGGUGAUUCCGGUGCACAGGAUGCUCAAGAUCUUUGGGUUUUCCGACGAGUUUGGCGAGCGCAUGGUGUACCCGCUCGUGGCACUCUUCUUUGGUACAGGCAACGAUACCAAGCAUAUCUCGUCGGCGAUCCUGGAGCGAGUGUUUUUGGAUCCGAGCAUGCGCCUAUUUGAGUUCUCCGACGACAGUCUGCUGGCAAGUGUACCGACGAUGAUGGCCUUUCCCGAGUUGGCACGCGUCUAUGCGGCUUGGGAGGACGAAAUCUGCAAGAACGCCAACGUGCGUGUCGAGACGAGUCGCGAAGUGUGUGGAAUUCAGCGAAACACACGCGAGGCACGCGAGCGCGGGGGAAACAUUCUCGUCACCUCGCGUCGCGUCGACCAGCACGGCAAGCGUCUCACCACGGCUGAUGAGCAGGAGCGCAUCGAAGUGUUUGACGAACUCGUCCUUGCGUGCGAUGCCGAGACCUCGCUCAAGCUGCUCUCGAAGAGCGCUUCGUGGAAAGAGCGCCGAAUCCUUGGCUCGGUUGUGUAUCGCUGGGACAUGACUACUACGCACAACGACUACGAGUAUAUGUGCAAGCAUUACCAGAUGACGUACGAUGCAAAGCACAAGGCCAAGAAUCGCGAUGAUGCCAAGUCCAGGAAAGCUUUUGAGUUUGCCCAGAACCACUGGAAGCCUCUGUACUUGAUCAAGAUGUACGAGCAUGAUCGAGCGUUGAUCGAGAUGUCGUUUGACCUGACCAACUACCAGCCGCAAUUCUCGGGUGUUGCACCUACGGGUCCACGAGACAAACAUGUACGCUCUCCCUCUUGCGCCCCGCCACGCGAGCGUCAAGGAGCUCAUGGCAAACAAGCCGAUUCGCAAGAAUCCCACCUUUCGCCCCUCUCCGACGAUGCGACUCAGCACAAAGAGGCGUGUCUACAAGACCACGUUUUCCAAACCAUUUUCCUCAACAAGCAGCUCUCGUCGAAAUGGACGCACCACGAAAUCAGCAAGCCGAAAAUCAUCCUGGAAAAGUGGUGGAAGCAACAGUCGCAUCGAUCGACGCACUACGCAUACGUCGUCCCCUGGCUGUGGCUCAUCAACGGUGCCAACCACACAAACUACUGCGGCGGUUGGACGCUCGUCAACAUGCACGAGGUCGCCAUUGUCAGUGGCUACGCCGCCGCCGUAGCGCUCGGAGCAAAAUACCCGUUCGAGCAAGACAAGCUGUGUGCAAGGCUCUUCCACCUCUACAAUGCGCUCGCGCACCUCAGCUUCAAGAACGUCAAGAAAGCGUUGAGCGCUUGA